AUGCUCUCAAUCGUUCUACCGCUUCUAGUCGCCGUUUCAACGGUGACAGCGCAACUUGACGCGUUUGCCCUUCCAUCGGCUCAACGAUAUGCUCCAAAGCCAACUGUGCCACCAGAGUUCUCCAAAUAUUUCGAAUUAGAUGGACAUGCUCGCGAAUUGGUUGAUUCGUUGUUGGGACCAAGACCAGGAGGUUUGUUCCCGGAGAAGACUUUUGAGAUUGGAGAGCCGGUGAGCACUGGAGGAAAUAAUCAACCAACACAUGUUGUUUCGAAGUUGGAAAGAACUUUGGAAUCGUUCUUCACUGCUCCAGAACAACCAGCUGGACAAGCUCUUCCACCUGGUUUUGGAUCGGGGUUCUCUUUGUUGAACAAUAACAAAGCUUUGACCCAAUUUGGAGAUAUUCGUAGAUCUCCAGAAGCCAAGCCAGAAACUAAAGAAGCUGAAGAUGAAGUUGAAGGAUCUGGAGAAGCCAAAUCUUCAAUUGGAGGAAUUCCAAAGGUAAUCUAGUGUUUUUUGAAAAAUGUUUUCAAAUCCAAAAUUAACUUUUUCAGAUCUUCCCAAAACUCCCAAAGGCUCCAGUCAAUGAGCCAGACCCAAACAUCUACAAGAAGCCAACCAUCUCUGUUAGCAAUCAAGAAGCUGCCGCUAUCCCAUCAAUUCUUACCGCUCCAUCGGUUCCAGAAGGAGGAUUCUUGCCACAAUCUGAUAUCCGUAGAUCACCAGAAUCAGUCUCAGAAGUCUCGCACUCAAUUGAUGACAAAUCUGAUGUUUUGAACACUGAAGAAGUGAGUUUGAAAUAUGUAGAUCAAAUUUCAAAACAUUGAUUUUUUUCAGUAUGGAGGUCUUUCUGACGAUUCAAACUCUGGAAGUGGAGGUCUUAUUGGAACCAUCUUCAACCUUAUCAAACUUGGAUCAAAGAAAUCCAACGAAAAAACCUCUGACGGAAAGCCUGCCCCACCAUCACUUCCAGCUCUCGAUGACAAGAACGCCAUCGGAAAAGCUGUCUCAGGACUUCUUGGAGGAGAAAACAGCCCACUUCCAGGAAAGAACAUUUUGUCGAGCAUGCUCUACAAAACUCUUACCAGCGGAUCAAUUGACGUGAGUUCAAAAACUAGUCGAGAUUUAUCUGAAAUAAAAUAUUUUUGCAGAGCAACGAUACUAUGCCAUUGACUGAAAGAAAGGGAAAUGAAUCAAUUGUUCUUACCCCAGCUCAAUCUGCUGCUAUCAGCGAGAACUUGGAAAUGAUUCAAAAUUUGAUUAUCCAACCAUCAUCACCACUCUGUACCUCAAAACCAGAACCAGUUGAAUUCGAUUUGGAUUCAUUCAUGGGACAAUGGUAUCAAGUUGUCUAUUCCCCACCUUUGUCAACUGGACCAUGUAGCAUGGUUGCUUAUAAGAAAUUGAAUGAUGUUGGAAACGGAGGAGUUGGAAGUAUCUUCGAAGUCUUCGAAUACACUACUGAUGGAACACCAUACGGAAAACCAACAAUCUCAUCAGGAUAUUCAAUUAUCAAGUCCCCAGGAGAAUUGAUCUUCCGUACCACAGCUAACCAAGAUGAUGUAACUGUUCACGUUCUCCACGUUGGACCAAAAAAUGCUGAUGGCCAAUAUGAAUACGCUGUGAUGUCAACAAAUUGCAAUUUCCCACUCUACGUUUUUGCUCGUGAUGCUACACUUUACAAACAAAAAUACGAAUCAUCUGUCAAUGAAUAUUUGGAGAAGAAGGGUUUGGUCAAUGGAUUCUCCCGUUUGUUGAAUAUCGUUGCUCCAGUUGAUAACUCGAUGUGUGUAUUCCCACCAUCACUUUUCAAUAUCCAAGGUUAA